CACUUCAUCUUCAGCCCGACUCAACAACCCGCCUGCCAUUUGCGAGACGAUCACCACGCCACUCACGACUGACAACCCGGGGAGGCCUAGUAUUUUGGGGGAAGGGUAGGAUGUCCAAUCCGUUUCUAUCUACAUCUUUGUCAUACAAUCUGCGGUGAAUAUCUUAAUUCACUAGCUGCUGGAAAGUUUACUCUCCAGCGACAAACAAUCUUUGCGACACUGAAGUGGCGCCCGAUCCAGCAUGGACGCUGCUUUCAACCAUGUUGGCAACCACCUGAUCUCCGACUCCGCCCAAGCUAUCAACGCUGGUGGCGCCGAUGAGCUCUCCCACCUCGACCACGAUGAGAGCCUCAUCUACGGCAAGACCGGUGGGCGCAGGGGUGUCGGCAACGGUCGGCGACGAACCGACGAUGAAGACGGCGACAACGAGACUAUCGGCGACGACGACGAUGACGAGAGCCUUGCCAGUGUUCCGGUUGGCGCUAUGAAAGGCGUGAGCCUUAACGAGCCAGAGGAAGAGAAGGAGCUGCCUGCGCAUGCUUGCGCCUACUGCGGAAUCCACUCGCCUUCCUCAGUGGUCAAGUGUCUGUCGUGCAACAAGUGGUUCUGCAGUGGUCGCGGAACUGCCAACACCUCCCACAUCGUGAACCACCUGGUGCGCGCGCGACACAAGGAAGUCCAAUUACACCCUCAGUCGCCUAUGCAGGACACAAUCUUGGAGUGUUACAAUUGCGGGACUCGCAAUGUCUUCCUCCUCGGCUUCAUCCCUGCCAAGUCUGAUACCGUCGUUGUCUUGCUCUGCCGGCAGCCAUGCGCAGCCAGUACAUCGUCCAAGGACAUGAGCUGGGACGUGUCUCGAUGGCAGCCACUCAUCGAAAACCGUUCCUUCUUGGACUGGCUCGUCCAUCCGCCCUCCGAUGCCGAACAGCUCCGUGCUCGUCAGCUUACGCCUCCCACGAUUGCGAAACUCGAGGAGAUGUGGAAGGAAGAUACCAAUGCUACUGUUGCUGAUUUGGAGAAGGCUGCAAAUGCCGACGACGACCCACACCCAGUCCUCCUCAGGUACGACGACCCCUACCACUACCAGAACAUCUUUGGGCCUCUCGUCAAGAUGGAGUCCGACUUCGACAAGAAGCUUAAAGAGGCCCAGUCCGAGGACGGACUGGUUGUGAGCUGGACCAUGGGAUUGAACAAUAAACACAUGGCCAGCUUUGUUCUGCCCAAGAUGGAGUCGGGCGACGUCAAGCUGGCAGUUGGAGACGAGAUGCGCCUCAAGUACAAGGGAGAGCUUCGGCCCCCUUGGGAGGGCGUGGGCUACGUGAUCAAGAUCCCUAACAACCAGAACGACGAGGUCAUCUUAGAGCUCCGCAAGACCGGCAGUGACAAGUCUGUCCCGACUGACUGCACCCACAAUUUCUCUGCUGAAUACGUGUGGAAGGCCACUUCUUACGAUCGCAUGCAACUCGCCAUGAAGACAUUUGCGCUCGAUGAGAAGAGUGUGUCUGGCUUUCUAUUCCACAAGCUGCUUGGUCAUGAAGUCCAAGUCGCACCAACGAGACCGCAGAUACCCAGGAAGUUUACUGCGCCCCAGUUGCCCGACUUGAACAACAGCCAGAUUAACGCUAUCAAGGCUGUUCUUUCACAGCCGCUCAGCCUCAUCCAAGGCCCUCCUGGCACCGGAAAGACAGUCACCUCGGCCACGAUCAUCUACCACUUGGCGAAGAUGAACAGCGGUCAGGUCCUGGUCUGCGCCCCAUCCAACGUUGCGGUUGAUCAGCUCUGCGAGCGCAUUCACCGCACCGGCCUGAAGGUCGUUCGCUUGACUGCCAAGUCUCGUGAAGAUGUCGAGUCCUCGGUCAAGUUCCUUGCCCUGCAUGAGCAAGUCCGGUCCCUUGCCUCUGAUAUGGGAUCGGAACUGGGCAAGCUCACGACGCUCAAGAACGAAUACGGUGAACUGGCCAGUCACGAUGAGAAGAAGUUCAAGCAGCUUACCAAGGCCGCGGAAAAGGAGAUUCUGAGUCAUGCCGAUGUCGUGUGUUGCACAUGUGUCGGCGCUGGCGACCCCCGGCUCGCGAAGAUGCAAUUCCGAAGCGUUCUCAUUGACGAAUCCACCCAGUCUGCUGAACCGGAAUGCAUGAUUCCUCUGGUACUAGGCUGCAAGCAAAUCGUGCUGGUUGGUGACCACAAGCAGCUUGGUCCCGUCAUUAUGAACAAGAAAGCUGCCAAGGCCGGCCUUAACCAGUCCCUCUUUGAGCGUCUCGUGAAGCUCAACCACGUUCCCAUCCGUCUCAACGUCCAGUACCGCAUGCACCCAUGUCUUUCCGAGUUUCCCUCGAAUAUGUUCUACGAGGGGUCUCUCCAGAAUGGCGUCACUAUCCAGGAGCGGCUCCGCAAGGACGUGGACUUCCCGUGGCCCGUUGCCGAGACCCCCAUGAUGUUUUGGUCCAACUUGGGCAACGAGGAGAUUUCUGCGUCAGGUACCUCAUACCUCAAUCGGACCGAAGCUUCAAAUGUUGAGAAGGUGGUGACUCGAUUUCUUAAGGCGGGUGUGAAGCCAGUCGAUAUCGGUGUGAUCACUCCGUACGAGGGCCAGAGGAGUUAUGUUGUGAGCACACUGCAGAACACAGGGACCUUCAAGAAGGAGAGUUACAAGGAGGUCGAGGUUGCAUCGGUUGAUGCUUUCCAGGGCCGUGAGAAAGACUUUAUCGUUCUGUCUUGUGUUCGUUCCAACGACACACAAGGCAUUGGUUUCCUUUCCGAUCCGCGACGGCUGAAUGUGGCUUUGACCCGUGCGAAGUACGGCCUGGUCAUUAUCGGAAACCCCAAAGUGUUGUCCAAGCAUGAGCUCUGGCAUCAUCUCCUGGUGCACUUCAAGGACCGCAAAUGCCUUGUGGAGGGACCUCUCACCAACUUGCAGACAUCUCUGUUACAGUUCGGCCGACCGAAGACGGCCUACCGCCCCCAGCGCUUUGGCCCCGUCGGCCAGCCAGCAGCAGGCUUCCCGAAUGGUCGGUAUGGUGGCAUGAACGGUUCGACUCGAGACUUUGACUCUGCAUCCAUGAUGUCGUUCAUCCCUGACGACGUCUCCUCCAUCCACGGUUCUGCGCUUGGCGGUGCUGGCCUCAACUCCGCCUAUCCUCACAUGUUCUCCAGCUUCAGUCCCGACCAGUGGCCAGGACUCCCCGGUGUGGCUCCACCCGGUCGAUCGAACGGCAAGAGCCGAGGCCGCGCCACUGAGAGCGUGGCCGGUGAGAGUGUUGCCAAUUCCGAGUACACCGAUGCCAGCGCCAGCGUCAUCGGUGGCAAGGGUGUCGGCCAGGGCGGUGCUAGCUUAGGGGCCGGUCUUCACGAUGCCAUUGGUGCCUCUCGCCCUACUUCGUACAGUCAGAGCGACCGCCUAAGGCAGUAUGUGGAGGGUAUGGGUGGUAGCCGUCUGGGACCGAUCAACGGCUUCGGUCGCCGGGACGAUGAUGAGAAGAGCAUCAGCACAGCCUUCCACAGCCAACUGGGCGGUCCAGGAUUCGACGGGAUUUGAUCAGGGCCAAGGGAAUGCAGAUUCACAUUGACUGCAGUUGAUCUUGCCAGCAGGUAACAUCAGCAACGGCACUCGCCUGCGUCGAAGGGCAAAGCAUCCGACCAGCUUCAUGCCGCCCAGAACAUUCGAAGGAGCACCCUGUGAGAUCAGACCAAACCUCGCGUCAGAUCGUCUGCAGACAACUUGUUUGACAGGCAGUUAGGUCGUCUCGGGCGACGACAUUGCCUAUUCUGCGCAGCCUGCUGCUACAUGUUCGGCCUUGAUUGCUGGCGGGGCAUCAGCCCGGGGCAGCCCACCUCGACACGGACAAGCCUAGCAAGCCCGUCCGCGGUGCGAGCGAGGAGGAAGGUAUCGAGAUGGACUGGGAUGCUAAGGGGCCAAGGAUCAGAUAUAAGCUCACCGAAGGGACCGUACCUUGGAAAGCCUAGUGCUGGGCCCAACACGAUCAAUGAGUCGACGCAUGCUACACACAAGUGUCGUGGCCAGGUCGAUAUCAGCAAGUCAUCAGCCUACCCGGUCUGGUGGGAUACAGGUCGUAUUGCAAGGUUAUGGUAUGCUGGCAAACGCAGCUGUCAUUCUUCGACGGCCGCUCUAGAGCCAAUUUUUUGUUAUGGAAUCACGCUCAUUUGGAAGAAGAAUAAGAAGCGGAAUGGGGGCGGGAAGGAGUAACGCAAUGAGGUGGCCCACGUAGUUGUUCUAUUUAGUCGCUCAUUAAACCAGUCAUUCGCUAGUCACUUAUUUGUUAUGCCCAUUACAACCAAGUUAGUCUAGUCGCAAGGCUCACUUGCAGAAUUGGACACAAUCAGGGGGCUUUCCUGACGGCCUCGAUUGUGGGGUGCAGUGAGCUGGGCAGGCUUGGUGAUUGAAAAUGUGUCUGUUAGACUCACUAAUACUCAGGCAAACAAGAAAGCAACAUAAUCCG